GGGAAAUAGAAAAAGAGAAAGAGAGAGAAGGCAGAAAAAAAACGAGCCAAUGUACUCAGCGAUUCGCUCGCUUCCGCUCGAUGGAAGUGUUGGUAGGCAUGGGGCGAACCAUGGAGCUCUCGAUGGAACUAACCUUCCCGGCGACGCGUGCUUGGUCUUGACGACGGACCCGAAGCCCCGCCUCCGUUGGACAGCGGAGCUCCAUGAGCGGUUCGUCGACGCCGUCACCCAGCUCGGUGGACCCGACAAAGCAACACCCAAAACUAUUAUGAGAACGAUGGGGGUGAAGGGCCUUACACUCUACCACCUGAAAUCACAUCUUCAGAAAUACCGCCUAGGGAGGCAAGUAUGCAAGGAAUCAAAUGAGAAUUCUAAGGAUGCUUCUUGUGUUGGGGAGAGUCAGGACACGGGCUCGUCUUCAACAUCAUCAUUGAGAAUGGCGGUGCAGGAACAGAACGAGGGUUACCAGGUCACUGAAGCUUUGCGUGCACAGAUGGAAGUCCAGAGAAGACUACAUGAGCAAUUAGAGGUGCAAAGGCGACUCCAGCUGAGAAUAGAGGCACAAGGGAAGUAUCUCCAGACGAUUCUCGAGAAGGCUUGCAAGGCUUUAGACGAGCAAGCGGCUGCAUUUGCCGGGCUAGAGGCUGCAAGAGAAGAGCUUUCGGAAUUAGCCAUCAAGGUCUCAAAUGGGUUUCAAGGAACAGCAGUUUCGUCGGACACAACUAAGAUGAUGAUGCCAUCCUUGUCUGAACUGGCAGAAGCCAUCGAGCACCAGACCACCGCCACAAACAACAACAACUGUUCAGUCGAGAGCUCUCUGGCUUCCUCCACUAAUGCGGGAAGCCCGGUUUCUGCUGCAAUGGCGAAGAAGAGACACCGAGGAGGUGUGUUUGGCAACGCUGAUAGCGUCGUUCUGGCUGAAGGGACAAUGAGGCAGGGAGGAACAGAGUGGGUGAUGCCUGGUAGCACCAUUGGAUAAGUUAGGAAGAAUUCUGGGAAAGUAGAAAUGAGAUUAACUUGUUUGUUUUUAUCAUCCUUUUUUUUUAAUUUAACUGUUUUUAACAACCAACAUCGUCAUCAAAAUGCUGUCUUUAGUCAUUCGUGUAUAUAUCGGUGAAGAUUUAUUUCUUUAUUUUUAUCGGUCGGAAUCAUUUCGCCUUA